GUUUUCGUUUUUGACUUGGCAAUUGCCAUAGCAGAAUCCAGAACCGUUGGUGCCCGCUCGCUCCUCUUCUUCUCAUUUAUUCUCAUUGUCUCUGAGAGAGCGCAAGCAGCAAAUGGCAGUUACAGGCAACAGUGUCAUCGUACAAAACAGAGUCCCAAUACCCAUAACUUUACCAUUUUUAAAGCAUCGACCUACUUCUAAAUCCAUCAAUUUCCAAUCAAAUGUUCACUUUCACUAUAAACGUCCACUCACUCCCUUCUCUUGUGUCGCCAAGUCCACCACCGUCUCCACCACCCCUACCACCACAUCAGGAUGGUCUGAAUUUGCUAGAAAUGUGUCUGGUGAAUGGGAUGGAUUUGGAGCUGACUUCACUCCUCAAGGAAACCCAAUUGAACUUCCUGAAUCCGCGGUGCCUGAAGCUUUUAGAGAAUGGGAAGUUAAGGUUUUUGAUUGGCAGACUCAAUGCCCUACUCUUGCUCGACCAGAGGACCUUCAUAUGAUCCACAAAAACAUCAAAUUACUUCCCACCGUUGGAUGUGAAGCUGAUGCCGCAACUCGUUAUAGCAUUGAUGAGAGGAGCGUUGGUGGCGCAGAUGAUAAAGUUUCUGCUUUUGCCUAUCAAUCUAGUGGGUGCUACGUGGCUGUUUGGCCAAUUGAGAAUCAGUUGGAGCUGGAAUAUUGCUUGAUAAAUCCUCAAGAUAGGGAAUCCCGAGUGAGAAUAAUUCAGGUUAUUCAAAUAGACAAUGCAAAGAUAACAUUAAAGAAUAUUAGGGUUUUUGUUGAGCACUGGUAUGGACCAUUUAGAGAUGGUGACCAACUAGGUGGAUGCGCAAUCCUAAAUUCUGCAUUUGCUUCUACUGCUGCUUUGGAAGCUUCUCAAGUUGUAGGACAUUGGGAGGGAUCCAGAGGCGUUACCAGUUUUUGUGCAACUCAAACUGGCUCCCUUCAAGAAUUAAAAGAUAACGGUGUGCAGAAGUUAGUCAGAGAUGAUAGUGAUCUGAUCUUGCUUCCCAAGCAGUUGUGGUGUUCACUAAAAGGAAGCAAAGAUGGUGAAACUUUCUGUGAGGCAGGAUGGCUUUUUAACCAUCCAUUUGCUAUAACUUCAAGAUGCAUCUUCUCAAGCAAUGCAAAUUUGAAGGAAAUAUCAAUAGCAAGAGAAACUGCAACUUCACAGGGUGUCUAGUUGCAAUAACUAUUCAACUUAGCUUGAUUAAUUUGCAGCAUUUUGGCAUAGAUACGGACUCUUGUUCAAGCCAAAUAUAGGGAGUUGCAAUGUAUAUGCGUUCAUCAUAUUGAUUUUUCAGUUAUAGAAGACAAAAUAUUCAUAUGCCUAAAAUAUGGAUAUGGACAUUUGAAGUGUUCUACGUUCUUGUCAUUUGUCUAUCCGAAUUAGAAUAUUUCAAAUUCAUGUAAAUUGGAACUUCAGAAUAAUUAUUCCAAAGUUCUUUUA